AUGCAAUGGAAUGCGACCCUAUUGGAGAACUUGAAAUGGGAGAUGCGGACUGACUCCGGGAAGUGGUUAGACGCAUAUUUGCUGAAGUAUUGCUGGAUGCGCUGCAGCGCUGUGCACCAGCAGUACCUGAAGAUUGUUCGCGACAUUACGCGAACAUUAAUUUUUCCCACGCUCAAACAACCAAUCACCAUGUCCAACAAUCUCACCCAACUUGUCGCCCUCUUUGAUGGCUCCGGCUUCCAGAGCUGGUGGCCUCAGGCUCAAGCGUACCUCAUGUUGCAAGAGCUCUGGGAUACUGUCACCGGGGAAGAUCCUAUUCCCCCGAAACCAAGCGCGACUGCGGACACUGAUGACAAGGCGGCCUACAAGGAUUCCAGCAGAAAGAAUCAGAAAGCCCUCGGCAUUCUGAGACUCUGCAUCGCUCCCAACCUUCAUCACCUCUUCGAGACCGAGUACAAAAACGAUCCGAACGACGAUGAUGAAGAUUGGAAGAAGCGCCCCUCGACUGUGCACGAAGUAUGGGAAGAGUUAAAGACCGAGUUUGGUAAACCCAGCUCUUUGGUCCUCUUCGCCGAUUUUAAGAAAGCCAUGACUAUCCGUCUCCUGGCAAAUUGUAACCCAAUUAAGGAGAUCAGCGAGAUGUGCACCAUCUUCUUGCACCUCGGAGAACAAGGCGUCUUGAUCCCUGAUGUGGUCAAGGCGAUGAUGCUACUUAACGGGUUGCCUCCCAAAUGGGAUACAAUCCCUGCCAUCGUGCUCCAAGGCAUGGAUGUCGAUAACCUCGACUUCAUAAAAGCCAAGGAUGCCAUAAUCGCCGAGUACGAACAGUGA